AUGAAGAAGGAUGGAACUAUCAAUUGCUACAUUCCUUUACUUCACAAGUGGAUCAUGUCCCACUUGCCGAAGAGUAGACCAUUUGUUGAUAACAUGGACGCGUUGAAGUGGUCACAAAGGUUGAUGUCAUUGGAUGCUGAAGAUGUCAUCUGGUACAUCCAUGAUCAUAUGAGGGUAGAACUUAUCUUCCAUUGUGGGGAAUUUCCAAAUGUUCCACUCAUCAUUACUAAAUGGGGUUUGAUCAACUAUAACCCUGUUCUCUCACUGCAUCGGUUAGGGUAUCCACUAAGGGAAAAUCCUAAAGACCCACAAUUAGGAGAACUACUUUUAGCUGAAGGAGUCGAGAAUCCGGAUUUGAUGAAGAAAGUGCGCAGAGCCUGGGGUAAGAUACAUCAUAUUGGGAAGAAAGAAUUGGGCAAACAGACGUGUACCACAACAGUACUAUAUUCUACUUGGGUGAAGUCAAGAGCUAAGAUGAUUAAGUUAUCGUAUCGAUGGGAACCCUCUAUGAGUAUCAAGACUAUUGAACCACUUGUUGCUACCAUUUUAGAAGUGGGUCGUCGCAAAGAGACUAUCAGGAAGUUGGAGAAAGAGAACGCCAACCUCCGGUCCAGUCUGGGAAAAGUCACCUCAGAAAGGGAUGCUUUAAAAACCAACCUCAGUCAGAAGAGAGAGUGA